GAUAGAUCAGCGGAGCCGCGGCCCGCAAUGGAUUUUUCAGAGCCGAAUGAAACAGGCGCACGAAGAACCCUAGCACACAUUUUAGGCUUCCUUUCCCACGCUAAAGUCUAGACCCUCUCGGCUGCAGCAGACCUUCUCCGCCCUCCCCCCGACACCCCUCUGACAUACUCAAAUGGCUUCGGAGAAGAAACUGAGUAAUCCAAUGAGGGAAAUCAAGGUACAGAAGCUCGUUCUCAACAUCUCCGUCGGUGAGAGCGGUGACCGUCUCACCAGGGCCGCCAAGGUGUUGGAGCAGCUCAGUGGCCAAAAUCCAGUUUUCUCCAAGGCAAGGUACACUGUGCGUUCCUUUGGUAUUAGACGUAAUGAAAAAAUUGCAUGCUAUGUCACUGUUAGGGGUGACAAGGCAAUGCAGCUUUUGGAGAGCGGUUUGAAGGUGAAGGAAUAUGAGUUGCUGAGGAGGAACUUCAGUGAUACUGGAUGUUUUGGCUUUGGUAUUCAGGAGCACAUCGACCUGGGAAUCAAGUAUGAUCCUUCAACUGGAAUUUAUGGAAUGGACUUCUAUGUUGUUUUGGAGCGGCCUGGUUACCGUGUUGGCCGUCGUCGCCGAUGUAAGUCUCGUGUUGGGAUCCAGCACAGGGUCACAAAGGAGGAUGCCAUGAAGUGGUUCCAGGUCAAAUAUGAAGGUGUCAUUCUAAACAAGUCUCAGAAUAUCACUUAAGCCUGGAACAUUGUCACAGUUUUGAGUGAGGCUGGACCCCUGGUGUUAUGUAGACCAGCGUCCUAUACUGCUAUCUUCUUUGAAGUUAUGGGAGAGCUUGCGAUGUGUUUUCUGGGCCAGAAUCUGUUUAUUUAUUGCACGAUAUGCUUUCACCGUCACUACUAACUCAGGUGAUAGAUUUAGGCUCUGUUUGGACAGUAAAAGUGUCUCAUCUCAUUAUUACAAAUUUUUUAAAUUUU